GCUGUUGAGCCUCUCUAGUGACGUAAAUAAACACAGCCAGAGUCUACAGGUGUGGGCACGAGUAGACUAUGAGUCUCCUAUACCAUUAAUAUUGGUGAAAGCACAUUAAUAUCAGCACUCUCCUUUUUAAUUAUUCGUUCAUUAUGGCUGUCAACAUGUAUUAUUCAUCAGAAAGCUCAGACAGUGAAAAUACGGCAGAGUCUUGCAGCUUGGAUUUAUCAUAUCUGAUGCUUGAUGCAGACUCCUUGGCAGUGCACCUCAGUAAUAGUAUUCGGGAACAACACCAACAACAGAAAGUUACUCGACACAGUGCUGUGCUCAACGCAAAUGAUAUUUCCAGGGAAGCUAGUCAAGGAAGUUGUCGUAGUGGAACACGACCAAGGACAAAUGACGUGAGCGACAGACUCCUCCUGUGUUCACUGUCAAAUACAAGUACCAGUGACAGACAAACUGAACAGGAAAAAGACAACGUCCUUGAUACUGUCACACAAAGACUCCUUCUGCAGCAUAACAUGUUGCUUACGUUACCAUUUGAGAUAGUCAAGUUUUCCAAUUUAAGAAGUUUAGAUCUGUCCUAUAAUAACCUCUCUCACAUUAAUGACUUCUUGCUACAACUGCCAGAGUUGCAAACGUUGUAUUUGCACAAUAAUAAUUUACCAGAUGAUGGACUUCCAAAAGACCUGUCACUACUGUCUAAGCUUAGGGAAUUAAAUCUGAGUGGAAAUCAGCUAACAAGAGUACCCAAUCAAUUGUAUGAAAUGAAUGGACUCCGUUACUUAUAUCUUGGAAACAACCGAAUCACAGAAGUUCUUCCUGAAAUUAAGUCUAUGCAAAGUUUACAAGUACUUAACCUUGGUGGGAACCUGCUAGAAACUGUGCCCGAAGAGCUUGGUGAGCUGCAGCAGCUUGGAUCUCUGGUUCUAUGUGAUAACCAGCUAUGUCGUCUACCGAGAACUAUUUCAAACCUCACCCGGCUACGCUCACUCCUGCUGCAUAAGAACAACCUCUGUUGUCUUCCUGUAGGAGCAGUCAAACUGAGGGGUCUUAUGGAGGUCAGCCUUCGUGACAAUCCACUUGUGACACGAUUUGUGAAUUCAUGUGCCCGGGAACUUAUGUAUAACCCUCCAUCCUUGCUGGAACUGGCUGCCCGUGUCAUUAAGUUAAAGAAGGUUGAGUAUACAAUCCAUGAUCUUCCUCACACUCUUGUAACCUAUUUAGGUAAUGGUCAGAGAUGUGUAAAUCCAAAAUGUAAAGGUAUGUACUUCACAUCAUGUGUUGAGCACAUCAAGUUUGUUGACUUCUGUGGAAUGUAUAGAGUUCCUCUCAUGCACUACCUGUGUUCAUCCCGAUGCUCCUCAAAAACUCCUGACUAUUAUCGGGCAGCAUCUUCUGAGUCAGAGAGUGAAGAUGACGAACCAGCUGCUAGGAUGAAGCGAGUCCUAUUGGGCUAACCAAUUGUCUUACGUUUGAUAAUAAAGAAUUGAUCUGGCAAGUUACACUUGAAAGAUGUGAGCCAUCUCUUUGUGCAGUAACAUGGAUGAUAUUCUGUGAAGUGCAUCCACUGGAUAAGUAUUUUGUGUUUUAUGUGAUUUUACAGGUUUUACUUGUAUGUAUUUAGUAUUGGGUAUGUUCAUAUACAGUACAUCCUGUUUAUAUUUUUUUAAAGGAUAGAGUGAAAAGGCAGACUUUAUGAGAGCAAAUUGUGUAGUCUUGUAUAGUUUAGCUGAGCUUUAGUAUCUUGCUUUAUGAACCAAGUCAUAUAAAAAAGUUCAUGGAACAAACUUAGUGCAGUACUAGUUGUUAUGAUUAAAAAGAUUAUGGUAUCAUAUAUUAAACCUUCAAAUUAUAUAUUUUAUUAAUCAACUGCAAUUAAUACAGUAGGAAUGCAUAGUGGUUAAUUAUGUUUAUACAGUACAGGGUAUUGAUACUUGUUUUAACCUUAAUUAGAAAAUUCUAAUUUAAGUGAAAGUCAUUAAAAUUCAUUACAGUAAUAUAAAUUUGAAGUUAUAAACUUCAUCUUUAUAAAAAAAACUAGUCAAAUAGCAAGAUCAUGAAUGGGAAAACUGGUUUGCAUAUUUUUUGAAGUGCCAUUUACCAUAUAUUGGGAGGCUGUAGAAACAUGAUUGUCAUGUCACAUUUUAUGCUUGGACAGGUACUGUGUCAUACAUACAUACAUGAGCUUUUCAAUAAGCAAUGAUAAAGUGUGAACAAAAAAACUUUGGAUAAACCAUCCAUUGCUAGUUGAGCAUAACCGUCAGAGUUUUACUAAGUUCUUAGUUGUACUCAAAACUGCAGUGUUGAAAUAAUUGUUUAGUUCCAAGAAAUAAAAAGUCUUGAGAAGACAAGUCUUAUACAUUAGAGGAUGAUAAUCACUUUGAAGUCAAUGCCAUCAAUAAUUUCUUGGCAGACAUUGUUGAUAUGGACACCAGAAUCCUGACAUUGUCAGUGAACUUGGGCUGCUUUUUUUUUUUUUU